AUGUCGAAAACCGUUGGCGAUACAUUAAUUGGUGUCCUUGAUGACUUGGAAGAGGCUGAAUUGAAGAGGUUCAAACGUAAACUCUGUGACCGCAAGCAGGAACCAAAAGUUCGCAAGGGCAAUGUUGAGAAAGCGGACCCAGUGGAUUUGGUAGACCUUCUGACCCGUACUUUCACUGAAGACGGGGCUCUGAAUGUGGCUAUAGAGGUCUUGGGUGCAAUUAACUGCCAGAAUGUCGCAGAGGAACUGAUAGAAUUCAAGAAAUGUAAGUCAAGUAGGAGGCACGUCCAUUGGACAUUUAAAAAAGAAAAUAUAUAUUUAAUUUCAUAUCCUUGACUGGUUUAAAAACCACUAAAGUUAACGCAAAAGUCGGCUAGAAAACUUUAUUAGACCAAGGGCGAAAAUAAAUUGCAUUGUAAUGUCCAUAACGAAUGGAAGGAAAACUAUAAGGAAGUUGACAGUUUUACUUUCACUUAUGAGUGCAUUCUAUUUUGCGCAUCUGGGCUGAAUGAUAGCAUACAGUAGCAUAUAUUCCAUUUGCAACUCAAAAUAAGCAUAAUACAUUAUGAAAUAAACACACAUUUCGAUUGCUUGCUGAUUUUGAUUUAUCUUUAGGCCUACUAUUCAUAUUUUUAUUCGAUUGAUGGUGUCUCAUGAAGCCUAUUUUACAGCUCAAGGAUCUGCAUAACAUCGGGUGCUGCAAUGGCAAGUGCACCUGGACCAAAGAACAUGAUCAAAGGUAAACACUAAACCAGGUGUUAUAUAGCCUAAUGUCUCAAAUAGGCCUACGUUAUAAUUUUUGUUAUUUUACUGUAAUUAGUAAUGGUUUAUGGGGAAACAUUCAAUACCUAAAUAUUCUAUCACAAAAGUCCUUCCUUUUAAUUUAUUUUCCAACGUACUUAAGUUGCAACUGCUGCCCUCCUCUAGAAUCAUUUUUCACUCCCCAUAGUCUAGUUAAUCCUGUCUGAAUUAGAAAAAGUGCAUCACGCCUAUCCUCCAAUUUGCACACCCUACACACAUGCACGCACACACAGAAACAAGCAACAUUAAAGGAGGCGUGUUGAGAUAUAGGCCUUUAUCAAAUACAUUAUGUAUGCUUUGCAUUCCAUCACCUCCAAAAGUCCCAAACCAUGUCCUAUCUCUACCUCAGACAAACACUUUGUGGACCAUCACCGGACGGCCCUGAUCGACAGAGUGACCCAUGUGGAACCCAUCUUGGAUAGACUGCUGGAGAAGGAAAUCAUCACCGUAAAUGCCUACAGUGAAGUGAGGGCUGAAAAAAACCAACCAGAAAAAGAUGAGGGAGCUCUUCGAUGGCCCUUUGAAAGCAUGUGGGACCAAAGGCAAAGAUAUAUUCUUAGAUAUCCUGAUAGCUCUGGAGCCAUGGCUAAUCAUUGACCUGGAGGGGGAAUAAUGUCCAUUUCAGAUUUUUUUAAAGGCAAGGGACAAGAAUGUGAUGUUAAUAAUGCACUCUGUUUUACAGUAUAUUCUUAAAUUGGAAAAAUGAAUUGUCUCCAAAGUUUGCAAUAAAUGACAGAAUUUUCUAUUGACCGCAGUUUUUUCUUUUCAUGAACAAAUACUCAGUUGUGAAUUCUAACUAGCUAGCUGUUUUGAACUCAACAAUAGAAAACAUACACAUACAUGAAGUAACAUUGUGUUAUGCAGGGCCGUGCACAGACCUUUGGAGUGGAAGGUGCGCAAAGUGAAAAAAGCCCCAUAUCUUAUUAUCUCAUGCUAAUUUAGCUAUAUAUAUAUAUACAGUUGAAGUUGGAGGUUUACAUAUACUUAGGUUGGAGUCAUUAAAACUCGUUUUUCAACCACUCCACAAAUUUCAUGUUAACAAACUAUAGUUUUGGCAAGUCGGUUAGGACAUCUACUUUGUGCAUGACACAAGUAAUUUUUCCUACAAUUGUUUACAGACAGAUUAUUUCACUUAUAAUUCACUGUAUCACAAUUCCAGUGGGUCAGAAGUUUACAUACACUAAGUUGACUCUGCAUUUAAACAGCUUGAAAAUGAUGUCAUGGCUUUAGAUGCUUCUGAUAGGCUAAUUGACAUCAUAUCAGAAGCUUCUAAAGCCAUGACAUCAUUUUCUGGAAUUUUCCAAGCUGUUUAAAGGCACAGUCAACUUAGUGUAUGUACAUUUCUGACCCACUGGAAUUGUGAUACAGUGUAUUACAAAUGAAAUAAUCUGUCUGUAAACAAUUGUUGGAAAAAUUACUUGUGUAUAUAUAUAUAUUUUAGCAUAGGCCUUUAUUUUCUGCAAAAUCCCACUCAUCCCACAGUAAGCAGACUUAUAGCUAUAGUCCCGAUGUGGCAAUGCUUUCCAUUGUCUGUCUAGCAUAGCCAUGCAUUAUUACAUAGAAGAAAACCUAAACGUCCCUCAUCUGUCACGAAUGUGAUUGUUACUGUGAUUGUUACUCUGCCGAUUGUUUCCACAAGAAAGUAUUAUUUACUCCCGAGUGGCGCAGUGGUCUAAGGAGUUGCACCCCCGUUUGCCCUCAGAACAGCCUCAAUUCAUCGGGGCAUGGACUCUUCAAGGUGUUCAAAGCAUUCCACUGGGAUGCUGGCCCAUGUUGACUUCAAUGUUUCCCAUAGUUGUGUCAAGUUGGCUGAAUGUCUUUUGGGUGGUGGACCAUUCUUGAUACAUACGGGAAACUGUUGAGCGUGAAAAACCCAGCAGCGUUACAGUUCUUGACACACUCAAACCGGUGCGCCUGGCACCUACUACCAUACCCCGUUCAAAGGCACUUAAAUAUUUUGUCUUGCCCAUUCACCCUCUGAAUGGCACAUAUACACAAUCCAUGUCUCAAUUGUCUCAAGGCUUAAAAAUCAUUCUUUAACCUGUCUCCCCUUCAUCUACACUGAUUGAAGUGGAUUUAACAGGUGACAUCAAUAAGGGAUUCCAGCAUUCACCUGGAUUCACCUGGUCAGUCUAUGUCAUGGAAAGAGCAGGUAUUCCUAAUGUUUUGUACACUCAGCAUAUACACUACAUGACCAAAGGUAUGUGGACACCUGCUCGUCGAACAUCUCAUUCCAAAAUCAUGGGCAUUAAUAUGGAGUUGGUCCCCCCUUUGCUGCUACAACAGCUUCAACUUUUCUGGGAAGUCUUUCCACUAGAUUUUGGAACAUUGCUGCGGGGACUUGCUUCCAUUUAGCCACAAGAGCAUUAGUGAGGUCGGGCACUGAUGUUGGGCGAUUAGGCCUGGUUCGCAGUCGGCGUUCCAAUUCAUCCCAAAGGUGUUCGAUGGGGUUGAGGUCAGGUCUCUGUGCAGGACAGUCAAGUUCUUCCACACCGAUCUCGACAAACAAUUUCUGUAUGGACCUUGCUUUGUGCACGAGGGCAUUGUCACGCUGAAACAGGAAAGAGCCUUCCCCAAACUGUUGCCAGAAAGUUGGAAGCACAGAAUCGUCUAGAAUGUCAUUGUAUGAUGUAGCGUUAAAAUGUUCCUUCAAUGGAACUAAGGGGCCUAGCACGAACCGUGAAAAACAGCCCCAGACCAAAAUUCCUCCUCCAACAAACUUUACAGUUGGCACUAUACACUCGGGCAGGUAGAGUUAUCCUGGCAUCAACCAAACCCAGAUUCUUCCUUCGGACUGCAAGAUGGUGAAGCGCGAUUCAUCUCUCCAGAGAACGCGUUUCCACUGCUCAAGAGUCCAGUGGCGGCGAGCUUUACACCACUCCAGCCGACGCUUGGCAUUGCGCAUAGUGAUCUUAGGCUUGUGUGCGGCUGCUAAGCCAUGGAAACUCAUUUCAUGAAGCUCCCGAUGAACAGUUAUUGUGCUGACAUUGCUUCCAGAGGGUGUUUGGAACUCGGAAGUUAGCAUUGCAACCGAGUUUUAUAAUCUACGCGCUUCAACACCCGGCGGUCCCGUUCUGUGAGCUUGUGUGGCCUACCAAUUCGCGGCUGAGCUGUUGUUGCUCCUAGACGUUUUCACUUCACAAAAACUGCACUUACAGUUGACCAGGGCAGCUCUAGCAGGGCAGAAAUUUGACGAACUGACUUGUUGGAAAGGUGGCAUCCUAUGAUGGUGGCACAUUGAAAGUCACUGAACUCUUCAGUAAGGCUAUUCGACUGCCAAUGUUUGUCUAUGGAGAUUGCAUGGCUGUGUGUUUGAUUUAAUACAUCUGUCAGCAACAGGUGUGGCUGAAAUAGCCGAAUCCACGAAUUUGAAGGGGUGUCCCGACUUUAGGUAACUGCCAUAUUAUAAAAUAAAGGAAACACUUGAGUAAAUGAGCGAUACAAAGUGUAUGUUAUGGUGUGGGGUGCAUUUUUCUGGCAUGGUUUAGGUCCACUUGUCGAAUCUAUGCCAAGGAGCAUUGAAGCUGUUCUGGCAGCUCGUGGUGGCCCAACACCCUUCUAAGACACUUUAUGUUGGUGUUUCCUUUAUUUUGGCAGUUACCUGGAUGUGCUUGUGAUAAAAUUGAAUCCAUAUUAUUAUUAUUUUUUGGUACCUCUUGGGCCCCCCACGGUCCUAUGCCCUUGGCCCUGGGCCCUGGAAAGCCCCUGCAUUUAGCCGGCCCUAACUGGGUUGAAUUCAGUUGAGGUGAAAUGUUCAGAUAAAGAAUUAUGCAAAUAGAAAUGUAACAUAGAGCUGAUCAGAUUCCCUAUUCUAUACUGAACAAAAAUAUAAACACAACAUGCAACAAUUUCAAUGAUUUUCCUGAGUUACAGUUCAUAUGAGGAAAUCAGUCGAUUGAAAUAAAUUCAUUAGGCCCUGAUCUAUGAAUUUCACAUGACUGGGAAUACAGAUAUGCAUCUGUUGCUCACAGAUACCUUAAAAAAUUGGCCUCACAACGGGCCUCAGGAUCUCGUCACGGUAUUUCUGUGCAUUGAAAUUUCCAUCGAUAAAAUGCAAUUGUGUUCAGUGUCCGUAGCUUAUGCCUGCCCAUACCAUAACUCCACCGCCAACAUGGGGUACUCUGAUAAACAACGUUGACAUCAACAAACUGCUCGCCCACACGACGCCAUACACGUGGUCUGCGGUUGUGAGCCCGGUUGGACGUACUGCCAAAUUCUCUCAAAUUAAGUUGGGGGCGGCUUAUGGUAAAGAAAUUAACAUUCAAUUAUCUGGCAACAGCUCUGGUGGACAUUCCUGCAGUCAGCAUGCCAAUUGCACUCCCUCAAAACUUGAGACAUCUGUGGUAUUGUGUUGUGUGACAAAACUGCACAUUUUAGAGUGUCCUUUUAUGGUCCCCAGCACAAGGUGCACCUGUGUAAUGAUCUUGCUGUUUAAUAAGCUUCUUGAUAUGCCACUCCUGUCAGGUGGAUGGAUUAUCUUUGCAAAGGAGAAAUGCUCACUAACAGUGAUGUAAACAAAUUUGUGCACAUAAUUUGAGAUAAAUAAGCUUUUUGUGCGUAUGGAAAAUUUCUGCAAACUUUUAUUUCAGCCCAUGAAACAUGGGACCAACACUUUACAUGUUGUGGUUAUAUUUUUGUUCAGUGUACAUGAUAGACAAUAAUGUAUUCCCAAUCUGAGUGGUCUGUGAUGUUGCACCCUCCUGAACAGCCCCCUGAUGUAUUGCUAGGUAGUAUACUGGGGUGCGUUCAGUGGGAGGCAACAUUUUGGAACGUUCAGAUAUAAAUAUGUUAUGUAGAACAACAUGCCUCUAAGGAAUCACGUUGGCUCUAUUAAUGGCAUUUCUAUCAGUAACGUUCGACAACGUGUGGCUACUGAACGUGGGCGCUAGUGUUACACUUUUAUUACCAAGUGAUACAGUAGCCUAAUCUCCUUCAAUGCUAUUUGGUUUUAGUGUAUGACUUACCACCCCAUGCUGUUAAACAACGUUUGGACUGUCUAUUUUUAUGCAAAUAUUUAUCUACCUCUUUCAUUGCUGACAACAUAAAGCAAAGAGGAACAAUGCUUGUUCUGUUCAAUAUAAUGUGUGUGAUUUACAUGAUUGUAGGGGACAAUGUUGUUUGUGAAAUGAUGUUUGUAUAUAAACUGUACAUAACUUCAAAAAACUAUAUUUCCUGUCACGAUCGUCGUAAGAACCGGACCAAGGCGCAGCGUGAUAUGCGUACAUCUUUUAAUGAGUACGUUAAACAACAAAACAAUACGUGAAGUCCUAAGGUUAACAAACACAAACCUCUCCGGAACAAGAUCCCACAAAUGACAAGUGCAAAACAGGCUGCCUAAGUAUGAUUCCCAAUCAGAGACAACAAGCCACAGCUGCCUCUGAUUGGGAACCACCCCGGCCAACAUAGAAACACAUGAACUAGAACAUGAAUAUAGAACACUAAACAUAGAAACUAACACCCUGGCUCAACAUAUAAGAGUCCCCAGAGCCAGGGCGUGACAUUUCCAUUUUCUGUAGCCUAUUAUAUUUCAAAAGGUAUAAAGGCCUAUAUAUAUUUAUUUUAUUUUUAUUUUUUAAGAGCAAUCUCAAAUAUAUAAAAAUAAUAUGAUAAUAAAUAAUUAAUUCGUUAAGAUACAUUUUAAAUGACAUUUUUGUCAAAUGUAGUGGGGAUUAGGUUAAUCUGUUUGUCCUGGAGUGCUGAUGGACCUAUGACGAGACCUAUGACGUGCGACGGUGCAAUUGAGUAGCCUAUCUUGGAGAGAAGACAGUCAGUAUCCUAUAGACAACAUAGAAUAGAAGACACGUAAACUCUGUGACCGCAAGCAGGAGCCAAAAGUUCGCAAGGGCAUUGUUGAGAAAGCGGACACAGUGGACUUGGUAGACCUUCUGACCCGUACCUUCACUGACGACGGGGCUGUGAAUGUGGCUAUAGAGGAAUUGGGUGCAAUUAACUGUAAAUCGAAUAAAGUAGGAGGGACGUCCAUUGUACAUUUAAAAAAAAUCUAUAUUUGAAAGGUUUAAAACCACUUCAGUUAACCCAAAAGUAGGCUAGGACAAAACGUUAUUAAAUGAAUUGCAUUGAAAUGUCCAUAAGGUAUGGAAGGAAAACUAUAAGGAAGUUGACAGUUUUACUUUCACUUAUGAGUGCAUUCUAUUUUGCGCAUCUGGCCUGAAUGAUAGCAUACAGUAGCAUAUAUUCAAUUUGCAACUCAAAAUAAGCAUAAUACAUUAUGCAAUAAACACACAUUUCGAUUGCUUGCUGAUUUUGAUUUAUCUUUAGGCCUACUAUUCAUAUUUUUAUUCGAUUGAUGGUGUCUCAUGAAGCCUAUUUUACAGCUCAAGGAUCUUGCGUAACAUCGGGUGCUGCAAUGGCAAGUGCACCUGGACCAAAGAACAUGAUCAAAGGUAAACACUAAACCAGGUGUUAUAUAGCCUAAUGUCUCAAAUAGGCCUAUUUUAUUCAAAUGUAUGUUUUACUGUAAUUAGUAAUGGUUUAUGGGGAAACAUUCAAUACCUAAAGUAUUCUACCUUGAUGAACAAUCAUAAAAGUCCUUCCUUUUAAUUUAUUCUCCAACAUACUGUUGGUGCAACUGCUGCCCUCUAGAAUCUUCAACAGUAUUUUUCACUCCCCAUAGCCUAUUUAAUCCUGUCUGAAUUAGAAAAAGUGCAUCACGCCUAUCCUCCAAUUUGCACACCCUACACACAUGCACGCACACACAGAAACAAGCAACAUUAAAGGAGGCGUGUAGAGAUAUAGGCCCCUAUCAAAUACAUUAUGUAUGCUUUGCAUUCCAUCACCUCCAAAAGUCCCAAACCAUGUCCUAUCUCUACCUCAGACAAACACUUUGUGGACCAUCACCGGACGGCCCUGAUCGACAGAGUGACCCAUGUGGAACCCAUCUUGGAUAGACUCCUGGAGAGGGGAAUCAUCACCACAAACACCUACAGUGAAGUGAGGGCUGGAAAAAAAAAACAGAAAAGGAUGAGGGAGCUCUUCGAUGGCCCUGUGAAAGCAUGUGGGACCAAAGGCAAAGAUAUAUUCUUAGAUAUCCUGAUGGAUCUGGAGCCAUGGCUAAUCAGUGACCUGAAGGGGGAAUAA